ACCUGGCGAAGGCGGCUGCUGGAAGCCUCCUCUGUCCGCUCUUUUUUCCUGAGCCUUCUCUCGGCCCCCACCCCCCUUCGCGUGGAAUCCUUGCCUGAUCCAGUUCGUUUCCCUCCGGUCUCCACAUUUUCCCUUCCAGCCCUCCACUUCUCCGGAUCAAUGGAUAGUACGGUUCCAACUCCCCGCUCACACACCGCUGGCGGACACCCCAGUAACAAGUGAGAGCGCUCCACCCCUCGGCCCCCGCCUCUCGCCCUCGGUCCCGCAGCUCUUGGAAGCAAAAGAAACAGCAUCGCUAGCUCUUGCGCGGAUUUUUCUCUUCAACUUUCCCCAACCGACGACAUGGACCUGGCCUCAACCUUUUAAUGCACAAGGCGGCCUCUGGAUUGCUUCCCCGCUCCUCUGGGUCCCUCCUGGAUAUUCUGUUUAUUGAUGACUGGCAAACCCCACGGAGACCUGUCUUCUGUUCUCUGGCUCCCUCUCCUUCCUUGAGUUAGUUUUCUGAGGUUUUACUGGGGCUUCAGAUCUCUUGGACCGGAUGGAACUUUUUGCUGUCUCUUUUUGCUACUGAUUCUGCCAGUGGGCACGGAAAAAGGCUUCGGAUCCAAAAAGGCGCAGGGGAAGUGGAGAGAGAGGUGGAGGAAGAGGACGAAGAGGAGGAGGAGGAGGAAGUCGAAGGGGCUCGGUGCGUGUGUGUAUGUGUGCAUGCGUGUGUGAGUGUAUGUGUGUGAGUGCCGCCGCUGCCCAGGACCCCCGACCCCGAAGGUGUUGGCUGAAAUAUGGAGAAUAGUCUUGGAUGUGUUUGGGUACCCAGGCUGGCUUUUGUACUCUUCGGAGCUUCCCUGCUCAGCGCGCAUCUUCAAGUCACCGGUUUCCAGAUUAAAGCGUUCACGUCCCUGCACUUCCUGUCGGAACCUUCUGAUGCUGUCACGAUGCGGGGAGGAAACGUCCUUCUAAACUGCUCUGCAGAAUCUGAUCGAGGAGUCCCAGUCAUCAAGUGGAAGAAAGAUGGUAUCCACCUAGGCUUGGGCCUGGAUGAAAGGAAGCAGCAACUUCCCAAUGGGUCUCUGUUGAUACAAAACAUCCUUCAUUCCAGACACCAUAAGCCAGAUGAAGGAGUUUACCAAUGUGAGGCAUCUUUGGGAGAUUCUGGAUCAAUUAUUAGCCGGUCAGCAAAAGUUGCAGUAGCAGGGCCACUGAGGUUUCUUUCCCAGACAGAGUCUGUGACAGCCUUCAUGGGAGACACUGUGCUACUCAAGUGUGAAGUCAUUGGGGAUCCCAUGCCCACAAUACACUGGCAGAAAAAUCAGCAAGACCUUAUUCCGGUCCCAGGAGACCCCCACGUGGUGGUCUUGCCCUCUGGAGCACUGCAGAUCAGCCGACUUCAACCAGGGGACACAGGAAUCUAUCGAUGCUCAGCUCGAAAUCCAGCCAGCUCAAGGAUAGGAAAUGAAGCAGAAGUCAGAAUUCUGUCAGAUCCAGGACUGCACAGACAACUGUAUUUCCUGCAAAGACCAUCCAAUGUUGUAGCCAUUGAGGGAAGAGAUGCUGUCCUAGAGUGUUGUGUUUCUGGCUAUCCUCCGCCAAGUUUUACCUGGUUACGAGGCGAGGAAGUCAUUCAACUCAGGUCUAGAAAGUAUUCACUAUUGGGUGGAAGCAACUUGCUUAUCUCCAAUGUGACAGAUGAUGACAGUGGAACUUAUACCUGUGUUGUCACCUAUAAGAAUGAGAAUAUUAGUGCCUCUGCAGAGCUCACGGUCUUGGUUCCACCAUGGUUUGUAAAUCACCCUUCCAACCUCUAUGCCUAUGAAAGCAUGGAUAUUGAGUUUGAAUGCUCGGUCUCUGGAAAGCCUGUGCCCACUGUGAAUUGGAUGAAGAAUGGAGAUGUGGUCAUUCCUAGUGAUUAUUUUCAGAUAGUGGGAGGAAGCAACUUACGGAUCCUUGGGGUUGUAAAGUCAGAUGAAGGUUUUUAUCAAUGUGUGGCUGAAAAUGAGGCUGGUAAUGCCCAAACCAGUGCACAGCUCAUUGUCCCUAAGCCAGCAAUCCCCAGCUCCAGCGUCCUCCCUUCUGCUCCAAGAGAUGUGGUCCCUGUCUUGGUUUCCAGUCGCUUCGUCCGUCUCAGCUGGCGGCCACCUGCAGAACCAAAAGGAAAUAUUCAAACCUUCACAGUCCUUUUCUCCAGAGAGGGUGACAACAGGGAACGAGCACUGAAUACAACCCAGCCUGGGUCCCUUCAGUUAACUGUGGGAAACCUGAAACCAGAAGCCAUGUACACCUUCCGAGUUGUUGCCUACAACGAGUGGGGACCAGGAGAGAGUUCUCAACCCAUCAAGGUGGCCACUCAGCCUGAGUUGCAAGUUCCAGGGCCAGUAGAAAACCUGCACGCUGUAUCUACCUCACCUACCUCAAUUCUUAUCACCUGGGAACCCCCUGCCUAUGCAAAUGGUCCAGUCCAAGGUUACAGAUUGUUCUGCACUGAGGCAUCUACAGGAAAAGAACAGAAUAUAGAAGUUGAUGGACUAUCUUAUAAACUGGAAGGUCUGAAAAAAUUCACGGAAUAUACUCUUCGAUUCCUAGCUUAUAAUCGCUAUGGGCCAGGAGUAUCUACCGAUGAUAUAACAGUGGUUACACUUUCUGAUGUGCCAAGCGCUCCACCUCAGAACGUCUCCCUGGAAGUGGUUAACUCAAGGAGUAUCAAAGUAAGCUGGCUUCCUCCUCCAUCAGGAAUGCAAAAUGGAUUUAUUACUGGCUAUAAAAUUCGACACAGAAAGACAACCCGCAGGGGUGAAAUGGAAACGCUGGAGCCAAACAACCUCUGGUACCUGUUCACAGGACUGGAGAAGGGAAGUCAGUACAGUUUUCAAGUGUCGGCCAUGACUGUCAACGGCACUGGGCCACCUUCCAACUGGUACACAGCAGAGACCCCGGAGAAUGAUCUAGACGAGUCUCAAGUCCCUGAUCAACCAAGCUCUCUUCAUGUGAGGCCCCAGACCAACUGCAUCAUCAUGAGCUGGACUCCACCCUUGAACCCAAACAUUGUGGUGCGAGGUUACAUCAUUGGGUACGGCGUUGGUAGUCCUUAUGCUGAGACAGUGCGAGUGGACAGUAAGCAGCGUUAUUACUCCAUUGAGAGGCUAGAGUCAAGUUCCCAUUAUGUAAUCUCCCUAAAAGCUUUUAACAAUGCAGGAGAAGGCGUUCCUCUGUAUGAAAGUGCCACCACCAGAUCUAUAACAGAUCCCACUGACCCAGUUGACUAUUACCCUUUGCUUGACGAUUUCCCCACCUCCGUCCCAGAUAUCUCCACCCCCAUGCUCCCACCAGUAGGUGUGCAAGCUGUGGCUCUUACCCAUGAGGCUGUGAGGGUCAGCUGGGCAGACAACUCUGUCCCCAAGAACCAAAAGUCAUCCGAAGUACGGCUGUACACUGUCCGGUGGAGGACCAGCUUUUCUGCCAGUGCCAAGUAUAAGUCAGAAGAUACAACUUCUCUCAGUUACACAGCAACAGGCCUCAAACCAAACACGAUGUAUGAGUUCUCAGUCAUGGUAACAAAAAACCGGAGGUCCAGCACAUGGAGCAUGACUGCACAUGCAACCACGUAUGAAGCAGCCCCGACCUCAGCUCCCAAGGAUUUGACCGUCAUUACCCGGGAAGGGAAGCCUCGUGCUGUCAUUGUGAGCUGGCAGCCUCCCUUGGAAGCCAAUGGUAAAAUUACUGCUUACAUCUUGUUUUAUACUUUGGAUAAGAACAUACCAAUUGAUGACUGGAUUAUGGAAACAAUCAGUGGUGAUCGACUUACUCACCAAAUUAUGGAUCUCAACCUUGAUACAAUGUAUUACUUUCGAAUUCAAGCUCGAAAUGCAAAAGGAGUUGGGCCCCUCUCUGAUCCCAUCCUCUUCAGGACUCUGAAAGUGGAACACCCUGACAAAAUGGCUAAUGACCAAGGUCGUCAUGGAGAUGGAGGUUACUGGCCAGUUGAUACAAAUUUGAUUGAUAGAAGCACUCUCAAUGAGCCACCCAUUGGGCAAAUGCACCCACCACAUGGCAGUGUCACACCUCAGAAGAACAGCAACCUGCUUGUGAUCAUUGUGGUCACUGUUGGUGUCAUCACGGUGCUGGUUGUGGUGAUCAUGGCAGUUAUUUGCACCCGGCGCUCAUCAGCUCAGCAGAGAAAGAAACGGGCCACCCACAGCGUGGGCAAAAGGAAAGGCAGCCAGAAGGACCUCCGGCCCCCUGACCUUUGGAUCCACCAUGAAGAGAUGGAGAUGAAAAAUAUUGAGAAGCCAUCAGGCACUGACCCCGCAGGAAGGGACUCCCCCAUCCAAAGUUGCCAAGACCUCACGCCAGUCAGCCACAGUCAGUCUGAAACCCAACUGGGCAGCAAAAGCACCUCUCAUUCCGGUCAAGACACCGAGGAAGCAGGCAGCUCCAUGUCUACACUGGAGAGGACACUGGCAGCGCGCAGAGCUACUCGGGCUAAGCUCAUGAUUCCCAUGGAGGCCCAGUCCAGCAAUCCUGCUGUUGUGAGUGCCAUACCAGUGCCAACCCUAGAAAGUGCUCAGUACCCAGGAAUCCUCCCAUCUCCCACUUGUGGAUACCCCCACCCACAGUUCACUCUCCGGCCUGUACCAUUCCCAACGUUGUCAGUGGAUCGAGGUUUCGCAUCAGGAAGAAGUCAGUCAGUGAGUGAAGGACCAACUACUCAACAAGCACCCCUGCUGCCCCCAUCCCAGCCCGAGCAUCCCAGCAGUGAGGAGGCACCAAGCAGAACCAUCCCCACGGCAUGUGUUCGACCAACUCAUCCACUCCGCAGCUUUGCUAACCCUUUGCUACCUCCACCAAUGAGUGCAAUAGAACCGAAAGUCCCUUACACACCACUUUUGUCUCAGCCAGGCCCUACUCUUCCCAAGACUCAUGUUAAAACAGCUUCUCUUGGACUGGCUGGAAAAGCAAGAUCCCCUUUGCUUCCUGUGUCUGUACCAACAGCCCCUGAAGUAUCUGAGGAGAGCCACAAGCCAACAGAGGAUGCAGCCAAUGUGUAUGAACAGGAUGAUUUGAGUGAACAAAUGGCAAGUUUGGAAGGGCUAAUGAAGCAACUUAAUGCCAUCACAGGCUCAGCCUUUUAACAUAUAUUGCUGAAAAGAUGAAGUGAAUUUUCUGGGAGCUUUGCAGCAUACCAAUCACCCAUGAACAGCACACCUACGUCCAAGAACUGUAACAGCUGUACAGGUCAACGUUAGGACCACAUAGUUAAGGAAGAUCCUGAAGCAGUUCAGAAGGAACAAGUUUGCCUUCCUUUCUAGGCAUCAGGAAUCACAAAUGGUGACCAUGAGGUCCCUGAACAGAAGCAAGAUGCAAAGUCAAAGCUGAAGCUGCUAGAAUAGUCCUGAGUCUUUGCACACUGCAGAGACCACACUGUUGUAACUAAUGCCUGUGUUUUCUUUCAUCAAGGCCUGUUGUUUUAUGUGUAGGUCUAGUCUUACAAAAUGCAAGUGCAUUAUAUAAGCCUGUACCAUGCCAUGGCAAUUCAGUGCAAACACAUUCUUUUGUUUUUCCACUUUGAAAUACAAAGCACUCUUGGAAAUUCCUUCAUUCCAUAGCACUGAAAGAUUGGAUAUUUGCCUGACAGCACAAAAAGUAAAUAAGUAAACAAAAGACAGCAAACACUUAUGUUUUAAUUCAAUCAUUCAUAUCACACAAGUGGCAGAUAUUAGCAGGUGGUGGUAAACUUCACCAAUUUUAAGAAGUAUUUGUAAAUCCAUCCUUGGUUAACAUUUAUGUCUGAAGUAUAGGGACAUAAAUAUCUGUGAAUGGUGGCAUCCUGCCAGCAGCAGCAUAUUGGUAGAAAGAGGAUACAAUAUGCAAUCUUAUCAGACACACAAUAAUUAUGUGCUUAAGCUUAUAAUAAGAUACUUUUCAAUUUCAGAGGCUUUUAUGCCAUACGCACUGUGAUGAUAUUUCAAAGCUUCACUGAGGCAUCUUUGGGGGUCUGACUGGGAGACUUCCUCUGGCCCCUCCGUCCCAUCCCUCCAUGAUUUCUCCUUGGCAACCAGCCAUGGACAAAAUGGCCAGUUCCACAUAUCAUAUGGACUUCUGGUCAGUAUCUCUCGUGUCUCCUUGCAGAAAUGGAAAGCAGUCCCUGAGGAGGGGAAGGGCCAUAAAGGCUGUUUUCAAGAAUACUUUCUCUUAGAUAAAGCCACUUCCACCUGCAGCAUCCUGAGUUAUGCCAGGCAACACUGACAAAUAUUAACCAGCAGUCCCUGUUGCCAAGGGAACUUUCCAUCCAUCCCAUGCCUGUGCCAGAUUUUGGGAGGAGUAGAGGGAUGGGUGCCACUUGACACUUCUGACACAUCAUAAAUCCAGUGGGAUACUUUACAAAGCAGUCUUAAACUAUAGGCUAGAACUUCUAUUGCCAUGUUAUGUACAGCUUGUACCUAGCUGAACUUAAGAACAUUUUUGUGCACUAUUUUAGUUUCUGAAUUUUCAGCUGCAUUUGGAGUUAAUCCCUGUUUAUGCAGCCAAUUCGCCAAAAGGGAGCUAGUUUGCAUAUUUAUCAGUUAGGUGACUUGAAAACCCAAUGAGAGAAAUUCAGCUGAAUUAUUCCUUUCAGCUCUGCCUUUGAUUUCAAGCUUGAGUAGGUCAUAAUUUUAAAAGAGCAUGGGAAGGAUAGGAUCUUUACAACCUAAUAGCUCCUUUUAUUAGGUGGGUAAUUAUAUAUGAAUCCCUGAAUGAAAUAUUUUGAGCAAAAUGGCACUGUAACAGAGGUAAUAAUUCAGAUUAUUUUUUUACAGUUUUAUGUCUGGAAGGAAAUCUGAUGUCAAAGAGAGGGCUUGUUCAAAUGGUUCAUUAGAAAGUCCGGUCCAUUUGCAAAAUUGUUCCUUCAAUAAGAGUGCUUGUUCAAUUUACUAAGAUUUUCUGGAAGUCUUUCCCAACAGCUGUGUGAUGUUAUUUGAUGGGACAGAUUUAUUUUGUUCAAUAUCAGGGCACUUAGGUAGACAACCUUCUACUGAUCUGAAAUAAGGUAUUUUCUAACAUGGUAUCAGAUCGUUCAGAAAUAAUUCAUUGCUUCAAAAAUGAAAAUGUCCUUUAGGUUAGCCUAACUUCUCAAGUUCCUACAGUGGCCUAACACAAUAUUCACAAAAAUAUUCAUGAACAAGAAACAUUCUCUGGAGCCAUUUGACACCCUUAGGUCAUGUUGGUGCUUAGUUAGGAAUACGCUACAAAUCUCAGAUUUCAGGGAUAGCAUUGCAAAUUCUGUUCAGCAGAAUCAAGAAAAUUAGCAGAGUCACAAAACUAUGUACCCCCCAGUCAAAGCCAAUAAUUUUAGGAUGUGAAACUUUUUUUAAAAAAUCCAUUAAAAGUUUGCUAUAUGUUUAUAAUGAGUUAUUAUUCUAUCACAUGCUCUUGAAAAUUUCCUCAUUAAAUAAAUAUAGUGGUUUCUUUUAGCAAUUGUCAAUGUUAAUAUGUCCCACUGUCAUGACUUGAAUAUAGAAUAGGAUCCACUUAAAUAUUCUCAGGAGACUCUCACAUCAUUUACUUGGUGAUUUUAAUAUGCAAUAAAUUCACCACAACUUCUAGAUAACUCUGCUCCUUACUCCUUCAAAUGGUUCACAGGUGUACAAUUACCUUGCCCAAGUUUUCAGGUGACUUUUUAAUUUUUUGGUCUCUUGAUCUCUUGACAAGAAGUUGUCUGUGAACACCAGAAGAGUGCCUCUGUUUUGCUCCUACUCCCUGUCUAAUUCAUAGCAUGCAAGGUUCUUUAAGCUCAUAAAUCUCUCUAACUCCCAUGGGGCAAAGCCUGACAGUCAACCAGGAUCUCUGCCACCAGGACUCAUUUCUCCCUAAGAAAGAAGAAAAUGAGACUUGGCAAGGCAUGGAAGGCCUGUCCUGUACUAAGUUCAACUGUCAGACAGGAGUCUCCUCUUGAAGAAAUUUGGUAUUCUUCCUUUGUGUUUCCUUGUAUAAGAAGGAUUGCAUUCCUAGGUAAAUUUCUGCACUUAUUAAACUCAUAAAAAUGUGGCACAUACCAUGUAAUCCUAGCCCUUGGGAGUCUGAGACUAGAGGAUCACUAUGAGUUCAAGGCAAACCUGGGCAACUUAAUGAGCUCAAGGCCACCCUAAACCACAUGGCAACACCUUGUCUCAAAACAAAAUAUAAAAGAUUUAGGUGCUAAAUAUUAUAUUUCAAAGUUGUUUCUUUGGCCAGUUGUGGCACUUGCCUAUAAUCCCAGCACUCAGGAGGCUGAGACAGGGAGAUAGCUGAGAGUUCAAGGCCAGCCUGGGCUAAAGAGUGAAUUUAAGGCCAGCCUGAACUAUACAGCAAGAUGUUGUCCGAAACAACUAAAAAAAUUCAGAUAUCUUAAAAUAUAUACCAAACAUUUGUAUGAUGCUCUAGCAAAAAUAAAUAUUUCUUAGUGAUUCACAUGCAGUAGACUGGUCAAAACUGCCUGUUUACAAAAAGACCUAUAAGCAUUUAGAAUAUUUAAGUAAUGUAACUUUAUAUUUGGGUCUGCUAAAACACAUAGUUAAAAAAAACCUAAAGGAAAUACAAGCCAAAGAUACAAGAAUUGGAUUUAUUGAGGCAUUCUUUCAAGGGUUAGAUAUAACAUUAGAUUUUUAGAAUUAGAAUUGUUGCAAAAGAGGUGUAUUUUCCGUCCUCACCCUGAUAGGAGCUACAAAUGGAGAACCAAGGAAUCUCAGAGUAGGUUCAGACAACAUUCCAAAACUGCGAAGCUUAGCACUCAUUGGCAUUCCCAAUAAGGACUCGCUUAACUAUGAGUCUUCUAAGAAGCUGUCAGAGUCUGUGCUUGAAGGUAGUUUCUGAAGCUUACCCAUCAUUUAGAUCCUUCUGCUGCCUUUAAAUAAGCACUGUUAAAUCAUCUGCCAAUGGAAUGUAGCAUGUCAACCAUGGCAGCUGGACUCUAAUUCCCACAUAAGAAGGUUAUUGCUAAAGAAGUUACCGUUUUAGAUAAAAGUGUAUCCCAGACAAAGACUUCUUAUGAUUUUGCAAUGGCCAUUUCUAGUCAAUGAAAGAAAGAAAAAUAAAAAAUUUCCAAGUUUUAAGUGUAUUUAAAGAAACAAAACCAUCCAAACUUUCAAAUAGACUUGCAUGAGAGUUGUUUUGUCAUCCUCAUCCAGUCAGUGUCCUAUGAGUGUGGCACUCCACGAGAACAGAUGCUAAUGCCCUGUCCCGCUUAUCAUCGCAUGCACACUGUAGCACCCAGAAUACUGGAGAGGCACUGAAGCAAUCAUGUUCCCCAUCUACAUGCUCUCUUUUUAUAAAUCACAUUCAAGCAACGUUUUGUUUUUCAUUUGCAGUUAGUGACUUUCAGAAAUCAUUUAAUUUUGUGCAGAAAAGCUUCCUAGUUUAGUCCAGUGUUUGAAAUUAAAUUGGCUAUUUCAGAAAAUCAUAGAAAAGUGUACUUUAUGAUAUCCCAUCCCAUUGAAAGAUACAUGCACCCAUGUUUCAACAUACUUUGCUGUCCAAAUACCUCCAGAAGAAAUUGAUUCUGAAAGAAAAUGCCUCAGUAUUUCUAGUCAGUUAGACAGGAAACCAAAUACUGUGCCUAUAUUAGCAAAAGAGUAUUACUACUGAUCUGGCCUGUCCUUUGCUAUUGCUGGAUAACACACUUGGCAGACUUCCAGUGGCACUCUGAAGGAUUUUUUUUUCUCUUGCUCUCUACUAGAGAGCCUUUGUACACUGGUAUCCUAUGAUUUUUUGUUGGUAGGAGAAUAACAGCCAAACUCUACAAGAUACCAUAAACACAGAGACAUGGGCCGAGGGAUCUCACUGUGUGCUGAACGUGUAUUUUCAGAUGCAAGAAAGAAGUGUUGGAGAGGAGGAGAAAUGCUGUUUUUUAUUAUUGUAGGGUACACCUGGCAAUUCUGAACUUUGUGAAUUGUCAGCUUGUUUGGGGGAAGGGUGGGUGGGUAUGGGGUGUACUUUUUAUAAGUAAUAUUUAAUUUAUUAUUUAGAGUGGCUUCUUUUUGGAUAAUUUAUGAUAAAAAGGGAGAUCUGGUUGGGUUCUAGGUUUGGCUGUUAAAGCUGCAGUGUUCCAUAUGAGAGAGGGACCGCAUUGGAAGUGGACUGCCCAUUGUUGAAUGAGAGGAUGUGUCCAGGCCAGGCAAAGCCUUUGCUAAAGUUCCAUCAUCAAUGCCUUCUCCCUUUCCAGGGCUGUUCAAAAAUGGUAACACCAAACCUAAAGUAAUUCUGAUAGCAUUUAGCAGAUCAGUGCUAUUGAUUCUCUAAAGGGCUUUGCAAUUCAAACCAGUUGUUAGUGUGAUAGUGAUAAGUGUACUUGGUAGAAAUGGGUAUACUACAGCUUUAACUAGCCUUAGUGGAAAAAGAAAUUUUUUGUUGUUGCAAAACACCUUUUGGAAAAAGGUAUUUUGGACCUACAAAAAGUUUCUUUAAAUUGUCAGACUCUAGCAUUGUUAACCAAAUUAGACUAGUGAUUGCAAUAUUUAAGUGUAAAUCUUGUUCUAUGAGAAAGGAAACUUGCUUACAGUUUAAAACAAUGACUGUUUCUACACAUGAUCUUGUAUACUACAUGAAGAAAAAGGGGUUUUGUAAUCGCCGUAGAACAGUCUCAUAUUCAUUUUUUAUAGAAAUGUUAUUCCGAUGGUGCAUUUUUUGUUUAAUAAAGUUUUGAUACAAA